CUCAAAUUUUUUUGAGCUGAUAAUUUAAGGCUUUGCACAUGCACUGUUACAAACAAUACGAGAGUGUCAUAUUUCUAAUUUGCUUCAAGUGCCGUAAAAAAUAAAAACGUUAGAAAAAUACUAUAAAGUGAAUCUCUAAAUUUCGAAAUAUAAUUUAUAAUAAUUAAUUUCGAAAUAAUAACUUGUGAUAAAAUCAAUUAAAUUUUAAUUAAAUAAAAUGAUUGAUUUAAAUACAACAGCGAAAAUCAUGGAAGAAGCUACAUAUACAGCUUUUGCAUGGACGGAUUAUAUUCUUUUUGUGGGAAUGUUACUUAUGUCCGUCGUGGUUGGUAUCUAUUUUGGUUUUUUUCAAAAACAAGAUACCAGUGAUAAAUAUUUAUUUGGUGGAAAGCAAAUGGGAUAUUUUCCUGUUGCUUUAUCGUUAACUGCUAGUCAUACUUCAGGAAUAACAUUAUUGGGUAUACCUGCUGAAGUAUAUUAUUAUGGUUGCUCAUAUUGGGCAACAUCAAUAUGUUGCGUAUUAAUUUGUAUAAUGGUUUAUUAUGGAUUUUUACCAGUUUUAUUAAAACUCAAAAUAACAAGUAGCUUUGAAUAUUUACAAUUACGUUUCGAUCGAAAUAUUCGUUAUAUAACGUCAACGUUAUUUAUUAUCAAAAUCUUAACAUAUUUACCAAUUGUUAUUUAUAUUCCAGCACUUGCAUUUAGUCAAGUAACUGGUGUUAAUGUUCAUAUGAUAACGCCUGUGGUUUGCUUUGUUUGUAUAUUUUACACAUCUGUUGGUGGUUUCAAAGCUGUAGUUUGGUCGGAUACUUUUCAAUUUGCAAUAACUGUUGCAACGACUUUCGCCAUUUUCUUUUUGGGUAUUCAUUACGCCGGUGGUAUUCAGAAUAUAUGGAAUCAAUCAGAGCUUGGAGGAAGAUUGGAUAUUAUGAAUUUGGAUCCAGCUUUAUCAAGUCGUACAACAUUUUGGGGAUAUAUGAUUGGACUAACAAUUUCAUGGAUUGCAGAUUUAGGAGUGAACCAAGGAAUGAUACAAAAAUAUCUAUCCAUGCCAACUAUAAAGGAUGUUAAGAAGUCACUAAUUUGUUUCUGCAUUUCUUUUUCUAUCAUAAAAUUAAUGUGCGUCUCCACAGGCCUUAUAAUGUAUGCAAAAUAUCAAUAUUGUGAUCCAUUAACUUCAAACAAAAUACAAAAACCGGAUCAAAUUUUACCAUUCUUUGUGAUGGAUGUUGUUGCAUCAAAAAUUCCUGGCUUACCUGGUUUAUUUGUCGCUGCUGUGUUUAGUACUGCGUUAAGUACGAUGUCAGCUCAAUUAAACACACUAUCCGGAACAAUAUAUGACGAUAUAAUAAGCCCCAUGAUGCCUGAAAAGAGAAGAACUGACCGUGCUGCAAAUAUUAUUAUGAAAUUAUGUACUGUGGUUAUUGGUGUCAUAAGCACUGUAUUGGUGUUAGUUGUGGAGAAACUUGGUGGUGUUAUACCAUUAGCUACAGCAGUAUUAGGAAGUUUAGCUGGAACAACAUCUGGUUUAUUUAUACUUGGUCUUUGUGUACCAUGGGCAAAUGCAAAAGGUGCACUUAUUGGAAGCUUUGUUAGUAUGUUCUCAACUGUUUCGCUUAUGCUGGGCGCUCAAUUACAUAUGGCUGCUGGAAAUAUACAAUAUCCAAGAUUACCACUCUUAACGAUGGGUUGUUUUGAAAAUUCGACGAUACCUAUUGAUCAAUUUAAUCACACAUUCCCAGCAAUUUAUGAUAGGAAGCCAAUUAUUAACGACGAUGAAGUAUUCUUCCUAUUUAAACUAUCUUAUAUGUAUUAUCCAUGUUUUGGAGUUCUCGUCCAAAUAACUACAAGUUUGAUAGUUAGUUGGAUAACAGGGUUUAAUGACUUAAACGAAAUGAAUCCAGAUUUAAUUCCACCUGUUCUACAAUGGCUAUUACCGAAACAACCAAUGUCGGAAAAAGAGAAAGAACAAUAUAAAAGUGUUGAAGAGAGCUUGGAAAUGUUAAGGAAACAACGAGAAGCAGAGGCUUGUUGAAACCAUUUUGAGUAGAGAAAAUUAAUCAAUAGUAAUUCAACAGUAAGCUCCACGUCCGUCAGAAAUAAUAUAUAGAAUAUAUAUUUUUGGUUAUGCUUUAUUUGUUCUUUGAAACACUAGUAAAUAUUUACAAACUUUUCCCUCUUCUUCUUCGCAAGUUUCAAAAAGGUAGAAAACGCAGUUACAAUUUACGCCAGAUAACGUGGAGGGGAGGAAAAAGUUAUAAGAGACUAAACGCUCUCUUAACGAAUUAUACGAAAAAAAUUACUUCUUUAUUUUUUUGGGUGGGGAAGAUAGUAUCUAUUAUUAUCACAAGAGGCCCACUAACAAUCUUCAGUAUU